AUGGCGGUCACAGAACAAGACACACAGGUUCCGACUCUCCGCAAGAUCCUCACCUCGGAAUCCGAGCCUCUUGCACGUCGCUUCCGCGCUCUCUUUUCGCUCAAGCAUCUUGCGUCCCUGCAGCCAGCCAACGCGCAGACGGUGCCUGCAAUCGAGGCUAUCGCAGCCGCCUUUAGCUCACCAUCUGCCUUGCUCAAGCACGAGCUAGCCUACUGCUUAGGACAGUCGCGACAUGAUGCCGCUAUUGCGCCGUUGAGGGAAGUGCUGGAGGAUAGGGAAGAAGAUUCCAUGUGUAGACAUGAGGCCGCCGAAGCACUCGCUGCUUUGGGAGAUAAGGGCAGCUUACCCUUGUUGAAAGAAUUGAGGGACGACGUGAAGGAGGUCGACGUUGUGCGAGAGACGUGUGAUAUUGCCGUCGAUCGCCUGGAGUGGGAGCACGGGCUGCAGAAAGAGCAGGAGAAGUUGAAGAAGAGCGACUUCACAUCUAUCGAUCCUGCGCCGCCACUACCCCAGAGCACCGAGUCCCCGUCGAUAGCAGAUCUUGAGAAGACACUCCUCGACACGUCGCUGCCCUUGUUCCAUCGCUAUCGAGCCAUGUUUGCUCUGCGCGACCUCUCCUCGCCGCCAGACCUUCCCACGGCCGUCCCGGCCGUGCAGGCCCUUGCCCGCGGGUUUAGCGACCCAUCUGCGCUAUUCCGCCACGAGAUUGCUUUCGUCUUUGGACAGCUGUCGCAUCCCGCAUCCAUUCCUAGUCUUACCGAGGCGCUCAGCAAUGUAGAAGAAGCGAGCAUGGUCCGACAUGAGGCUGCCGAGGCGCUUGGAAGCCUGGGUGAUGAGGAGGGGGUGGAAAACACUUUGCGCAAGUUCUUGAACGACCCAGAACAGGUGGUGCGCGAUAGUGUGAUUGUGGCGCUCGACAUGGCCGAGUUUGAGAAGAAUGGAGAAGUGGAGUAUGCGAUUGUGCCUGGCGCACAGGCCGUCGCAGCUUAG